AUGGGAAAGCUACCAAAAUAUAGAGUAACACCAAACUACCCAUUAAAACUUACAGGAAUAGACUAUGCUGGACCGAUACAAAUGAGAUGUUAUAGAGGUCGUGGGCAAAAAUCAUAUAAAGCAUACAUAGCAAUAUUUAUAUGCAUGACCACAAAAGCAAUUCAUUUGGAAGCAGACACCAACUUGACAUCUGACGCCUUCUUAGCAGCAUUAAAAAGAUUUUUCGCACGACGUGGAAAAAGUGCACAUAUGUACUCCGACAAUGGUACAACAUUUAUUGGAGCAGCAACCAAACUAGACAAAGAAUUUGAAUUAGCUAUCAAACAAAAUAAUGAAGUAGCAUCAAUAUUAGCAGCAGACAAAAUUGAAUGGCACUUCAUUCCUCCAGCUAGUCCUCAUUUCGGAGGUAUAUGGGAAGCUGGUGUCAAAUCAAUGAAACAUCAUCUAAAAAGAACAAUUGGAGAAUCAAAAUUUACCUAUGAGGAAAUGACGACACUUCUGCAUCAAAUAGAAGCAGUACUAAACUCUCGACCACUUUGUACCACGAAUAAUGAUGUAGAAAGUAUAGAAGCACUAACUCCAAAAGUUGGACGACCCAGUACCAACUACAGACGAAAGAACAAGCAAAUUCGAUCAUUGGAACCACAUGCAAAAAAUGAAAAAAGAUUUCUGGAACAGAUGGAAACAUGA